AAAACCGGAGCUGGCAGGGAGAAGAAGCCGGCGGCAAGUGCAGGGGAAGCUCACGGAAUUAACCCAAAUUCAAGAACCAAAACAGAAAUUAGAGUAACCCAAGCCAAAUCAAAGCUAAAGAGAUGAUUUUCAUGGCUGGGGCUUACCCGAAAAAUGCCCAAAAAUUCAAACCCACAUGGCAGCCGACGGACAGGGGAGAAGAGCAGAGCAGAACUGGGAUUUUUCUGGGUUGAGAGAAAAGAUCCUAAGCCCCAAAUCUUGUUACUUAUCAAGAAAAGAAGGAGAAAAUCCCAAGCUUGGUCACCAAUUUUCUCAAAGAAAUGAGUCGGUGGCUAGAGGGGCUUGGAGGGGGCUGUCGGGAGGAAGAGUCGAGAAGAAGAAGAAGAUGAGGAAGAGCAAAACACGUGGCUGAGGAGAGAAAUAUCAGCCUUGAUCCUUAUCCUAAUUUCUUUUUUUUUAGUCCCUCAACUUUAAAAAUAUUUGCUAUUAAGUUCAUUAAUAAUAUUUCUUCACAAUU